AUGAAGAAUAUCACGCAUCCUCUUCGUUUGUCUCUAUUUGUAGCCAUUAUAUUGCUUCUUGUGGGAGUAGCAUAUCCAUAUCCAAUGGAGUCGAUGAAUUUAGAAGCAAAUAAAAUUACAAAAUCAUCUAAGAGUAAUAAUGUGAUUCAAGUUGAUAUCGGCUUGCUACUAGACUCGAGUUGGAAAAGUAAAGUGCUGCUCAAAUCAUUUAUAGAAAUGGCGCACUCAGAUUUCUACGCCACUCAUUCUAUGUACACUACACGCUUGUACCUGCGCACCUUGUACUCCAACAAUGCUAUUGAUGCAGUUUCUGGAGUUGUAGAGUUAUUAAAAGAUCAAGUGAAAGCCAUUAUUGGGCCAAAGAAUCUUGUUGAAGCCAUAUUUAUUACGGAGCUCGGAGAAAAGUCACAUGUUCCCAUCAUAUCUUUUGAUAGCGCAAGUUAUUCACAUCUGCACAUACAAAAACCUUACUUAAUCAGAAACUCAGUGACUGACUCUUUUCUAGCUCCUACAAUCGCACUCAUCAAAGAAUUUAAAUGGAACAAAAUUGCCUUUAUCUAUGAAGACGGCAUGUUUGACACUUGCAUAUUUUCUACUCUCCGUGAUUCGUUCCAAAGAGAUGGAAUUCACAUGUCUUAUAUGAGUAUCAUUCCUUCCAAUGCUACAAAUCACCAAAUCUCUAAUGAACUUGGCAAACUAAAUCAGUUAGAAACUACAGUCUUUGUAGUACAUAUGAGACACUUGUUGGGAUCUCGUUUCUUUAAACAUGCUAAAGGAUUAGGGAUGAUGAUAAAAGGGUAUGCUUGGGUUAUCACAGAUGUCUUAGCCAAUUCACUACAUUUGAUUGAUUCAACAUUGAUGAAUUCGUUCGAUGGAGUCCUAGGCAUCAGACCUCAUGCACCUUCGUCAAGGGUGCUUGAAAAUUUCACAAGGAGAUGGCAAGAACAUUCACAUGUGAUCAAUACUUCCAGCUUAACCACACAUGAAAUUAGUGUGUAUGGGUCAUGGGCAUACGACACUAUUUGGGCCUUGGCUACAGGCAUAGAGGGGGUCAGAAAUAAGGAACUUAGCUUUGUGAAAGAGAAAAACAACAAAAAUGGUGGGGAAAUCUCACAGUUAGGGAUAUCUAGAGUAGGUCCUCAGCUUUUGAAGGUUAUCAACAACAAAAGAAUCCAAGGGUUAAGCGCGAAGCUGUUUUUGUCACGAAAGGAACGAGAUCAACUCGCUAAUUAUCAGAUAUUCAAUCUAGAUGGAGGACAAAGGAUCGUUGGGUAUUGGUCCAAGGAUAAAGGAAUAUGUCGGGAGUUGGAUUCAAAUGAUAGAUUAGAGAACUCAACAUCAGUAGAAAGCCUCAAAAAAAUAAUUUGGCCAGGAGAGACGACAAAUAUACCAGUUGGUUGGAUGCUGCUUAAAAGUGGAAAGAAGUUGAGAGUUGCAGUACCCAAAAAGAGAGGUUUCACUCAAUUCGUCAAAGUGAAAAGGAAUAAUAAUACCAAUGACACCGAAGUGACAGGAUUUUGCAUAGAUUUAUUCGAAGAGGCUUUAAAACUUUUGCCUUUCGAAGUUGUUCCGGAAUACUUCCCGUUUAUGAACAGCAGUGGGCAAAGCAGCGGGACAUAUGAUGAACUUUUGAGUCAACUUCAAAGCAAGACUGUUGAUGCAGUGAUAGGGGAUACUACAAUUGUGUAUAACAGGACUACAUUUGUAGACUUUACCUUGCCAUAUUCGGAGCCAGGCAUUGUGAUGCUUGUACCGAUUAAAGAUGACAAGUUGAGAGGCAUAUGGGUUUUUAUAAGGCCAUUAAAAUGGGACCUCUGGUGCACAAUCGCUGGUGCUUGUUUAUUUGUUGGACUUGCGAUUCAUGUUUUAGAGCGCAAUGGGGAUCGACCAUGGAAAUUUGGCCUCUUUUUCUGUUUCCCGAUAUUAAUCCUUGCUUUUCCAGAGAGGAAAAUCGUGUACAAUAACUGGUCAAGGUUUGUGUUGGUGAUAUGGUUAUUUAUGGCAUAUAUAAUCAUGCAAGGUUCUUUUGCAAAAGAUAUAUUGACUCGAAAACUGAAAUAUGAAGAAUCUCAACUCCGUGAAUAUCAAACUAUGGAAGAAUAUGCUUUUGCGUUGAAGAAUGGAUGUCAAAAUGAUGGAGUUGAUGCUAUAUUUGACGAAAUACCAAACAUCAGGCUUUUCAUGCAUACAUAUGGUCCAAAAUACAUGAUGGUCGGUCAAACAUUCCCAACAGAUGGUUUUGGAUUCGCAUUUCCAUUGGGCUCUCCAUUGGUUCCUUACAUGUCAAGAGCAAUUCUAAAUAUCACAGAGAGUGACAUGAUGCGAGAUCUCAAGGAAAAACAUUUUGGGGAUAAAUAUUCUUCUCAAGAUUUUAAUCCCCAAAUCUCUCCAGAAGCUCCAGGUCUUAAUGCAUAUAAUUUUGCAGGCUUAUUUAUCGUCACAGCUUUUGCUACCAUGAUUGCUUUGCUUUGCUCCGAAAGCUCGUUUGGCAAGAAAUGCGCUUUCAAACUAAAGGAUUAUGAAAAGAAACAAGGAUCCUCUUUUUCUUCGAAUAAGGUAGUAGCAUUAGAUGAUUGUGAUAUUGUGUCUGUGAGUGGUGUCUCUACCAAUAUCAUAUUGCCAACACACAUCCAUCAGGAUGAUGCAAAUGCAAAUGCACAUGCGCCUCCGUAUGUCGAUGCAGAUGAAGAUUCAAUAUACGAGGAGGUAUAA